AUGCUCUACACACACGCCACCAUCAUUACUGUCGACGGUUCCCGCCGGAUCAUUGACGAUGGUGCCCUCCGCGUCGAUGGCGACCGCAUCGCGGACAUCGGCAAGACCGACGCCUUGAAAGCACAAUACCCUGAUGAACAAGAGUAUGAUCUAUCCGGGCGGAUAGUGAUCCCGGGUUUGAUCUCGACGCAUAUGCAUACCGCGCAGACGCUGCUGCGGGGCACGGCAGACGACCUAGAGCUGGUCUCGUGGCUUUGUGAGCGGAUCUGGGUGCUUCAGGGCAACUUCACGGCGGAGGAUGGGUAUGCAGCUGCGCGGUUGAGUAUUGGCGAGAUGUUGAAGACAGGAACGACAUGUUUCUUGGAGAGUAUGUUCGCCGACCGCUAUGGCUUUGAUGGACUCUGUCGGGCCGUCGAAGAAAGCGGCAUUCGUGGCUGUCUGGGCAAGAUCGUCAUGGACAUUGCUCGGUAUGCACAAGAUGACGCUUGGGCGAUGCAUCCGGGGCUUGUGGAAGACCGUGAGACAUCUCUGCUAGGCACGCUGCAGAUGUGGGAGAAGUGGAAUGGCAAGGCCAAUGACCGCAUUCGUGUGUGGUUCGGGGCCCGGACACCAGGCGGGGUGUCGGACGGACUGUACAAGGAAAUGACGGCCCUCUCGCGAUCGAAAGGCAUCCCCAUCACGAUGCACUGCGCCGAAGUGCGUGCCGACCGCGACUUCUUCGCUUCGGUCUCACAUACGCCCAUGUCAUACUGUGACUCAGUAGGCCUGCUAUCUCCGUCGACCGUGCUGGUGCACAUGGUACAUCUGGACGACUCGGACAUCGACCGUUUGGCAGCCUCGGGCACUCACGUCGCACACUGUCCAACCUCGAAUGCCAAGCUGGCGUCAGGGAUCUGUCGCGUUCCCGACCUGCAGAAAGCCGGCGUGAAUGUCGGACUAGGAACGGACGGUGCGCCAUGCAACAACACCUGUGAUCUGCUGCAAGAGAUGAAGCUGGCAGCCAUCAUCCACAAGAGCGUUUCGUACGACCCGACGGCGGUACCAGCCGAGACGGUGUUGGAGAUGGCGACGAUCAACGGGGCUAAGGCGCUGGGGUUAGAGGACCGCAUCGGCAGCCUAGAGGUUGGCAAGAAGGCAGACUUUGUCGCGAUCGACGUUCGAGGCAUCCACUCGCAGCCGUGGUUCAACGCUGUGAGCGCGGUCGUGUACACGGCCACCGGCCGAGAUGUUGACGUCGUCGUCGUCGACGGACAGAUGGUCGUCGAGAAAGGACAGUUGCUCACUAUGAAUGAGCAGGAGAUUGUUCAAGAAGCACAGCGCAGGAGUCGUGAGGUGGUCGCUCGAGCCGGCCUGACGGAAAAGGUCAAGGGGAGGUGGAAGGUUGUAUGA